CUUCUCAGGAGAAGGCGUCCGCCCGGCGCUCGUGUCCGCACGGCGAGUCAGCGGACUGGGCACUGGCGGCCCGAGGCAGCCCAGACCGGGGCAGGGGCGGCGCCCGCGCACCCGGAAGAGUCUGUGCGCCGAGGCCAAACAAAGCCCUGGAGCAGCGACGUGCGCGCCCCUGAAGGUCACCUAGGCGACCAGCUCGGCCAGACCCACAGCGUCUGGCAACCUAGACCAGCAGGGCAGAAGAUGGAAGAACCUCUCAAAGAGGCUCCUCCGGAGUCCUUGGGACCUGAAAGCACAGCCAAGUCCCCAGAUGACAGCAGGACAGACAACCAGGAAGACAACUGGCAGAACCAGCAUGAAGAAGAGGUAGAUGACCAGAAUGAUCACAGAAGGGCUGAGCAGGCUGCCCAAAGAGUGUCUGGACAGACUGACCAUAAAGUAUAUGAACCCACUGGUGGCCAAACAUCUGAUCAGGCUGAUCUCAGAACAUACAACCGUGCUGAUGUUGCUCAGGGUGGUGCAUUUGAUCAGGAUGACCAAAGAAUGUAUGAGAAGACAUCUGGCCAAGCCCAUCAUGACAGCCAGAUGUCUCUUCUGCAUGAACAAAGAACUUCCCUACAGAUUGAACGCAGAAGGUCCAGCCAGGCUGAAGGAAGGGCUGAUGGACAGAUUGACCGCAGAAUGUCCCACCAGACUGAAGGAAGUUCUUCUGAGCAGAUUGACAGUAGGGUGUGUAACCAGUCUGACCAAAGAACUUCUGAACAGAUUAACCAUAGAUUGUCUGUCUCAUCUGAACCAAGAGCCUCUGGACAGAUUGACCACAGAAUGUCCAGCCAAGCUGAGCAAAGAACUUCUGAACAGAUUGACAGCAGAUUGUGUGGCCUGGUUAAACGAAGAACUUCUGAACCGAUUGGCUAUAUACCGUCUAACCAGGUUGAUUCCAGAACGUCUAUAAAGACUCACCACGAAGUAUGCGAGGAAGCUAUUGAACUAGCUGAACAGCAAACUGCUGACCAGGCUGAAAGUAACGCCGAUCACCUUACAGUGGACAAGACUGACUCCAGUGACUAUUACAAGGUUGACCACUUAAUGGAUGAAGAGAAUUACCCCAGAGAAGACUAUCUGGCUGACUAUGGAGCACCUGGCCAGUAUGAUGACAGAAUAUUUACCCAAUCUGGUGGCAAUAAGGAGUCCAAAGAAGCUGAAUUCAGAGUAGAACCCUGCAAAUUUGAGGCCAGAGGAAUAGACCAGGACAGUUCCCCAGUUUCAACUGAAACUGACACAGAAAGUGUAACUGAUCUGCAAGCAUUUGACUCAUUUAAUACCAGAUUCACCAGUAACUUCCAAGCAAAAGACCAAGCCUAUUCCCAGAGAUUUCCCUGUAUCUCAUCCAAGCUGGACUAUACCAUCGGUCAAGAAAAAACUAAAGCCACAGAAACCAAGCCUGGUAUAUUUCUAUUGCAGGAUGAUAUUCCAGAAUACCAAGAAGGAAAGAGGCCUCUUGGAUACAGUCAGACUUCUAGGAGACAAUUCCCUCCUAUCGUAUACGAAGAUCCUUAUCAAGUUGCACUACAAUACAUGGAGAAACACCACAUUCUGCAAAUAUUCCAGCAGAUCACUGAAAACUUAGUCUAUGAAAAGCCAGAGGACCCCCUGAGUUUUAUGCUGUACCAGGUACAGGAAAUGAUAGAAAACAGAGACAAAUGUGAAACCUACAAAGAAUGAAUUUCUCCUCAACAUUGUUUACAACCCUCAGUAUCUACACUAUGUUCUGUUUCUCACUCUGAAAAAUGAUUUUGAAUGGUCAUUGGUAGUGAUUCUGCCUAAAUAUGUUCUUAAUUUUUAAGUAAAAUCUAUAAGCUAUCCACUUCAAAAAUUCACAUAAGUUACAGAUACCUCAGGCUAAUCAUGCAAAAUAUAUACAUGUAAUACUUAUCCAUGCAUUGAUAUUUCAAUACUCAUUCCUCUAAAGCACUGCAUAAUAACAAGUUCACAAAUCCCAAAGAAGAUCAAAAAAAGAAUAUUAGCAAUUUAUAUGUAGUUCUCAUAAAGCAUACAAAUCUAUCAUGUCUCCAAACUGUGUAUAAAAUUUUCAAUCAGAAAAUGUGUGGAAAAUAAUUUUUAGCAGCACUUUUUUUCUCUCUUCAUGGAGGGUGAUUGUUGUAAUCUCUUUUUUCUUGUUUCUUAAUACCUCCAACAUAUUUUUACUAUUUUCCUAUUUGACCCCGCCUGUUACUUUCUGCCAUUAGUGGAUGUGAUUUAAUCUAAUCCUAGGGAUACCUCUCUUCUGAUUUUUAACCUACAGCAAAAUUCAAACAUGUUAUACUACUAUGUGCAUACCUAUGGGAGAGGCAGAAUCACACUUCCUCAUUACCUUUAUGAAGAGUAUCCACAUUGCAUGGAAUGUGUAACCAGUAGAACUGGUAUUUAAAUGCAAAAGGCCUUAAUAUAGUCUGGUAUGAGAGGACCUGCCCAGCAUUCAUAACUGAGAUGAUCAUCUACUAUUUUUGUAAGCUGAACCUGUUGUUUAAUUUCUAUUUCAACAUUAAAGAAUUGAUUCUUUAUACUGUUUAACUGCUGACUCGGUGUAAUUAUGUGGUUGCAUUACAAUGAAUUAAGUUUCUGUUUGUACAAUCAAGCACAAAUCCUACUUUUUUUUUUAAUACCUGAAUGUCAUUUCUAAUAAUUAUACUUUUUUAAAAAAUCUCCUAAUACCUUCAGAGUUUUAUUUAGCUCCUUUAGUUGUCCAUAAAACGUGCAUGUGCUCAGACUCCACAAAUGUUCUCCACUCAGAUAAGGAAUCUGUCUGUUGAUUGUGGGCUAGCAAAACCAGGUGAAAGCUGGAUAACCUGUGGGGUAAGUUUGAGUGAUGUGACUAAGACUAUAAUUAAUCAGUUGGUUGAACAAAAUAACCCAGAGAUGGAAGGGCCAACAAUAUCAUUAGUGAUCGAAAAGUUGGAUGUUAUCAUUAACUUCUGAAAUUAAGUAUUAAAUUUAGUUCACUGGUUUUCAGCCUGAAUACCAGACAGCUUUGAUGUAUUUCUCAAAGCGGAACACUUCAGACCAGACCAUCCCAGCCAUCCAGCACUUUGCGUUAGCUUUCUCUGUGAUAUGUUUCACAAGUGUCAUUUUGACCUUUUGCAGUGAGGCAGUGGACCAGAGGGGAUGAGCUUGGUAUGUAUGGUCCCAUGGUCCUGUCUGAACACAUUUGACAGAAAAGAGAAAGAAGAAAAAGGGAGAUUAAGCCUCACUUUCAGUGACUCAGGCUCUCUACUAAAAGAGCUGUCUAGUGUAGGAAACAAAUUGAAGGUAUAUUCAGUUCUUAGUCCCUAAGUGCUAAGAAGUAAUCCCAGGCCCAGAGUAAACACUAGAGGUGAGAAUAUAGGUGGAAAGACCUGUUGGCUAGGAGGGGAAGUAGAGUCUUAGAGAAGGCCUUUCUAAGAGUAAAACUGACAGAGGACAUGGCUGGCCAUGUGGAAUAAAAAUGUAAUGGGGAAUAAAAGUUUCAGUGUCAGCACAGAUCAGUGGAAUAGACUAGAGACUCCAGAAUUGGACCCACAAA